AGCGAGAAGGAAGGCGGGUUGAGCCCUCGAGUCGGCGUGACAGCUCAAGGCGAUGAAUCGAAGGUGUCAUGUCCCGCUUGAAUCAGUGGCAUUGAGAAGCGCAUGGUGAGUUUGCCCGGGCGGGUUGAUUGAAUGGACGCGAAUUCGUGGUCGAUGAUGUCUUCGCUGUCGGUGGUGUUGAGUUUGAGGCAAGAGUCGAGGCUGUCGAGCUGGUGUCGGCGAGUCGCAACGCCCGCAAGCUUUCGACUUUGCGGCAAGCUCUGUGUGGCCGCGGAUGCCCUUUUCAAUGCAGCGAUAGAAGCAACCGAAGCCGCUCCCUCUGCGCAUCAUACUCAGACAAGAGAACACCAACUGCAAACCCAACUGCUCGACACCUUCCACGCCGAUGCCACCCAUGACAGCGACUUGGAGACCUGGAGAUCCCUGGUACAACAAGAGGCCGCGGCCAACAACAGCUGUGUACAUGUCGGAUCACUGGGAGAGUUGGUCAUUCUGGACAACCAAGAGAACAAGAUUUGCAGAUGGAGCCAUGGACGAAGCACGCCGAAGCAUGGAAGAUCGACUUCUCUACCAACUCUGCACCACAGAAAGUCCAUAGGGUGUUUGAUGCCCUACUCCUGCCCCAGCGACUUGCCUCCGAAAGCUUGGGGAAACAUCAAACGCCCGAAGGUUAGAUCGAGUCGACGGUUGAGUCCCAAUUCGCCUACGCCACGCCCGAUGCUUUGGGUCCAUGCCACACAUACAAGAGCUUGAGAACGCCUGGCAGUCUCGAAGGUGGGCGUGAGCUCCUUCAAGGGUUGUUCGAUGCACGGAAGCGUGGCCACGGCAAGUGGUUCAUGCAACAAGUCGCCGACUCACCAGCUGGAAUGGCACUGGAAAUGACUUCACC